UGGUGGAUUUCAUUUAACUCCCUCGAAAUUUCAACAAAGAGACAGAGAGAAGAGAGCUUUUUCAAUUCCGGAAGCUUUUUGUUAUCACCACUAAAUCAACGAUACAAAGAGCUCAGCUUUCAGCUUUCCAACUCUCCUAUGGCUCUCAAUCUUCGCCAGAAACAAACAGAAUGUAUAAUUCGAAUGUUGAAUCUGAACCAGCCUGUGAAUCCCUCUGGAACUGCUAAUGAAGAGGUUUACAAGAUCUUGAUUUAUGACAAAUUUUGUCAAAAUAUACUGUCCCCCUUGAUCCAUGUUAAGGAUCUACGAAAACAUGGUGUUACCCUGUACUUUCUUAUUGAUAAGGAUCGAAAGCCUGUCCACGAUGUGCCUGCUGUGUAUUUUGUUCAGCCUAAUAAUCCCAAUAUCCAAAGAAUAGUAGCUGAUGCAUCCCGUUCUCUAUACGAUAGUUUCCAUCUGAAUUUUUCUUCGUCUAUACCAAGGCCGCUUUUGGAGGAUCUUGCUUCCGGGACUUUGAAUUCGGAUUCAAUCCAUAGGAUCUCAAAGGUUCAUGAUCAGUAUUUGGAGUUUGUGACAUUGGAGGAUAAUUUGUUCUCUUUAUCCCAGAAGUCCACUUAUGUGCAAUUGAAUGAUCCAUCCGCUGGGGACAAAGAGAUCGAGGAUAUUAUAGAGAGGGUUGUUAAUGGAUUAUUUUGUGUUUUAGCUACACUUGCAGCCGUGCCCAUAAUAAGAUGCCCGCGUGGUGGACCAGCUGAGAUGGUUGCUUCAGCAUUGGAUCAGAAGUUGAGGGAUCAUUUAUUGUCAAAGAACAAUUUGUUUUCUGAAGGCGGGGGUUUUGUAAGCUCAUUUCAGCGUCCAAUUUUGUGCAUCUUUGAUAGGAAUUUCGAGUUAUCAGCCGGGAUACAACAUGAUUUUAGGUACCGUCCACUAGUACAUGAUAUUCUUGGAUUGAAGCUUAAUAGGUUGAGUGUGCCAGGGGAGAAAGGUGGAAUGAAAUCGUUUGAAUUGGAUAGCUCCGACCCGUUUUGGAUGGCAAAUGGAUCGUUGGAAUUCCCUGAAGUUGCUGUUGAGAUUGAGACCCAGUUGAACAAAUAUAAGAAGGAUGUUGAUGAGGUGAAUAAAAGGACUGGUGGUACUGCAGGAGCUGAGUUUGAUGGGACAGACUUGAUUGGGAACACAAAGCACUUAAUGAAUGCAGUGAACUCCCUGCCUGAGCUGACAGAGCGGAAGCAGGUCAUUGAUAAACACACAAACAUUGCAACAGUGCUUUUGGGUGAAAUAAAGGAGAGGUCUCUUGACGCCUACGUAAAGAAGGAGAAUGACAUGAUGGUGAGGGGUGGGAUUGAUCGAAAUGAGUUGAUGAGUGUACUUAAGGGAAAAGGUACCAAGAUUGAUAAGCUGCGUUUUGCCAUAAUGUAUAUUAUCUCUUCAGAAACCAUUAAUCCGUCAGAAGCAGAAGCAGUCGAAGCAGCACUGAGAGAAUCUGAGGUUGAUACAAGUGCAUUUCAGUAUGUGAAGAAGAUCAAGUCAUUGAAUGUCUCACUGGCAUCAGCAAAUUCCGCUAGUAGAAGUAACAUUGUUGAUUGGGCUGAGAAGCUCUAUGGUCAGUCAAUCAGUGCUGUCACUGCAGGUAUGAAGAACCUAUUGUCUGGUGAUAGGCAGCUAGCAUUGACAAGGACUGUGGAAGCUUUGAUGGAGGGGAAGCCAAACCCUGAAAUCGAUUCUUACCUUGUGUUUGAUCCUCGUGCCCCAAAGUCGAGCCCUGGCACAAGUAGCAGUCAUCUGAAAGGACCCUUUAAAGAAGCUAUUGUCUUCAUGAUCGGAGGUGGAAAUUACGUUGAGUAUGGGAGCUUGCAAGACCUUGCCCAACAUCAGCAGCCAGCCAAACAAGUCAUAUAUGGAACAACAGAAAUUUUAACUGGAAUGGAAUUUGUUGAGCAACUCUCACUGUUGGGGCAGAAGAUGGGAUUGGGCAGUUCUUCUGCUGCUGCUUCAGCAACCCAGUAAACUGCUUUUCGAAUACUUUGCAGAGCCUGCUACUCGCCAGUCAAGUGCAUGGAGUCAUCAUGAUCCGAAUGGGAGAUACCAUAUAUAUGACCAAGUAAAAAUACAGAUGUGAGCUGGUUACAUGAGCCCGUAAGCACUUAGUUGGGCCUUGCAGUCUUUUCUCUUGAUAUUAAAUCGCCAUGCUGGUUUUAAUCGAGACUCGAAACCUUUGACUAUUUAGUACGGUGUCCAAAAAUUUUGACAAUGGAUAGCAAGCAUUUCUAUUUCCUAAUAGGUUUCUGCAAUUGGGGUUGUCAUCAAUGUCAAGACCCUCUUCUCUCUUUUUUUUCUUCCUCCUCUUUCCCCUUCUUAGUUGUACUAAAAAGUUUGACAUGGAUUUCAUUCUACUCCUUAAUUUCAUCUGAUAUAUGAAUGCUAUUCAGAUUCA